GAAUGCCAUGGGCGAAUUCCUCAAAUACAAGCUAGGCGUGCCUGGCGUAGGGGAGCCCACCCCAGAGACCCUAAAGAACUACAUGGAUGCUCAGUACUACGGAGAGAUUAACAUUGGGACGCCACCACAAAAGUUCACUGUGGUCUUUGACACUGGAUCAUCAAACCUCUGGGUGCCCUCUGUCCAUUGCAACCUCCUGGACAUCGCCUUGCUUGAUCCAUCACAAAUAUGACUCCUCCAAAUCCAGUACGUACCAGAAGAACGGCACAGCUUUCGCCAUCCAUUAUGGAACCGGGAGCCUCUCUGGAUUCCUCAGCCAGGAUGCUGUGGGGAUUGGUGACUUAGUUGUCAAGGACCAGAUCUUUGGUGAAGCAACCAAGCAACCUGGCAUAACUUUCAUCGCUGCCAAGUUCGACGGCAUUAUGGGCAUGGCCUUCCCGAAGAUCUCUGUGGACAAAGUCACACCCUUCUUUGAUAAUGUCAUUCAGCAGAAGCUGGUGGAUAAGAACAUCUUUUCCUUCUACCUCAACAGGGACCCAUCAGCUCAGCCUGGAGGAGAGCUGCUGCUGGGGGGAACUGACCCCAAGUAUUAUACUGGAGACUUCAAGUGGGUGAAUGUCUCACGCAAAGCAUACUGGCAGAUCCACAUGGACGAACUGGAUGUUGCCAAUGGCCUGACCCUGUGCAAAGGGGGCUGUGAAGCUAUUGUGGACACAGGAACCUCGCUCAUUACAGGGCCAACAAAGGAGGUGAAGGCGCUGCAGGCUGCCAUCGGUGCUAAGCCACUCAUCAAAGGACAGUACGUGAUCCCCUGCGAUAAAGUGUCGUCCCUUCCCGUCGUCACUCUCAUGCUAGGAGGAAAACCCUUUGAGCUCACUGGAGAACAGUACAUCUUCAAGGUUUCUGUACAGGGAGAGACCAUCUGCCUGAGUGGAUUUUCAGCCCUGGACAUCCCACCUCCCGGGGGCCCACUGUGGAUCCUGGGAGACGUGUUCAUUGGCCCCUACUACACUGUGUUUGACCGUGAUAAUGACUCUGUUGGCUUUGCCAAGUGUGUCUGAGUGCCUGCUCCACCACCCCUGCCACACACACACACGUGCAUGCACUGUAGAGAGAGAGUCCCAGGAUUAGGAAGCAAAUGAGGAAAUAAAAGAAAUGGAAAUAGAUUUAAAAUUAAAAAGGAAACAAUAUUAGUGCCCUCUUAAUGACCCUUUGCCGUCUCUUGAAUAAGUGAUAAUCAGAGAGCUCUAGCGGAUCACUCAAUUUAGAGCAGCCUCACCUUGUUAGAUCUUCCAGCUCCAUUUUAAAUAUUAGGUAAUGAAGCUGCGAUUCCCCUCCUCCUGCAGAGAACCCACAUUGGUAAUGGUCAUUAGAUUCAUUGUUCUACUGGGAGGGGAAGAGGGGGUUAUAUAACCGCAUGCAGAAAACUUUCUCCUUAUUCCUCUUCUCUAACCAAUGACAGGGUGAGGGAGCUGACUUUGUCUUAUGGCUGCUCCAAGUCACAUGGGAAAGAAAGGCAAUAGUCUGGUGGCUCUUAAUAAGUUUGUGUUUUAAUGUGCUUCCUUGUGAGACUGAUUUCUCUUGUGGAGCUGAGGAGGGUGAUCGAGAGAUGGCUGCAUGAGCCAUCCCUUAAAAUACACAAGGGAAGGCUUAGGAUCAAAACACAUUAACCGAGUUUCUUGUGUCGUGGCAGUGUAAUGAGAGCACUUGCCGUGGUGUGACCAUCUCUGUUGACAUGUCUCACUGGGCAGGGAUGACAAUAGGGGCUCCAGCCAGUAGAACCCUCAGGGAGCAGAAACGGGAAGGGGACCAUGGUAGGAUUUGAUGAUGGUCUUUGAGUUCAUGUCCGCAAUGGCCCAUCUUUACACUUAAGGCUGAGCAAACCAGUUCAGAUAAAAUAAGAGAUGACCCAAACUUCUUAGGUUUGAAAUAGUUUGAUUGGUUGGAUUUUUUCUUAAAGUCCUACUGUUUGGGAAAAUUUGUCAAGAGCUAUUGAGCUGAGAGGGUUUUUUGUUUUUUUUUAAACAUUUAAGUUACCUAGAAGCCCUAGGUCCCACUGACAGUCAAUGGGGUUUAGGUGCUUUCAAGUCACUUAGCUACUUUUGAAAACUUUACUUAUGGUAUUUUUGAUCUGAUCAAACCAGAGACUAUUAGCAGUCAGACAGGAGACUUGCAAGACUUCCAGAUCAAAGAAGUUUGGGGAAGCAUCUCAAGUUCCAGGUGCUUCUCUUUACCAAACCUCUGAGCCUUUGGAAGCCAAUUCAUCUCUACUCUACACUCCCUAUUCCGAACCUUAGCUUACUUUUCUUAUUCAAAACCAGGUAAACAUACACCCUGCUAUACAAAUAUAGAGUGAGGCGCAUUGCCCGCUCUGGAGAGCUUACAGUUAAUGGUCAUGCGCACAGACCCACACUUUCCCAGGCAAGAGUCAGCAACUACGUAUACAGAACUGUUCACCCUGUCGGGCCCUUAGAGAAGACAAACAUGGGGCAGCAGUCCAGGGGAGGGACUGCAAGUAGUGAUUGGUAGACAGAGGGAGAUAAAGUGGGUUUUUAAGUACGGUUUUGAGGAAGUGGGAGAGAGUGAGCUUGGUAGAGUUAUCAAGGCUUUGAUCCAAAGCCCACUGAAGUGAACAGAGAGACUUCCAUUGACUUCAGUGGGCUUUGGCAUGGGCUCCCAAGUGUAUAAUGCAGCAUGAGCAAUGGCACAACGCAGAGAGAGAAAAAGAAAAGUCAAAGAUGCAGAUCCUGCCCUGGUGUGAGCCAGCUUAACACCAACAGUAGCAGUUGAGAGGAUUGGGAGUAAUGUAUGGUGUGAAAUCCUGACCCCACAGAAGUCAAUUGGAAUGUUGCCACUGACUUCAGUGGGGUCAGGAUUUCCCCAGGCAGUGAGAGCAGUAAUGUGCCUGGGGGGUAUAUGGAAGGCCAGUCACACUAGGGAGCAUACACAUUUUUCCCCAGGUCCAAGCCAACAUUGAGCCUGCCAUUGGGGGAGAGAAAAGGGCUGCCAGUUAAUCGGGAUGUUCAGGGAGAAUGGGGCGGAGAUGAUCUAAAAUAAGUCACAUCCCAUCAGCCUGCUGAAUGCCACCCUUUUCCAGUCCAUUGCACCUGUGAUAAGUUUGCUAACGUUGACUCAGGUCUUUAAUAACAGCCUCUGCUGCUCAGACUGGGCUAUUUCAUUUGUGUGUACUUAAUGCUUACAAUCAUUACUCUUAGGCACCUGGAAGGGGCUGCCUGAGGCAGCUGUGACUGGUGCGAAUGUAGGAGCUCUAAUAUUCAUGUCAGUCUGCACAGCCCCAGGAGUGAUAAAUACGCUGUUCUCACCAUGGGCUGCUGUCUGUGCCCACUCUUCAGCUGCUGCCUCAGAUUAGAAGCUGAAGGCAUCUGUUACAGCCUAGAGACCUAGCUAGAGAACAAUGGUGUGUUCCCAAAAACCAUCAAACACAAAUACUCAGCUACCCUCCAGAGGGUCCCAUUUGCAAAUUAAUCAAGUGCCCAGAGCUCUUUAAAGUUUUGCUAAAUCCUUUCUCAGAGGAAGAAUUUAUCCCAUACAGUGACUUAAACGUAGAACUUUUCUUAGAUGCCCAUUAAUUAGAUUUGGUGGAAGGUAAAACUCUAGCAGGGAAUUGACCGCAAGCUUAGAUUUUAUUAAGGAUCUAUUUUUAACCCCUUCCAAAACAGGCACAGGGCAUUGUAUGAAGGAGCCAUUGUACUGCAGUUGCUGUUAAAACAUAUAAUGCCCUAUAUUGUACAUUCUGUAGCAUCUCACUGGUAACACUGGGCCAAUUUCUGUCAUCAGACAUACAGGACGUUUAUAUCUGAGGGAAGAAUUUGGUCCAUAGUGAUGCCCUGAAAGACACAUCUUAUGACAGGCUGGGGGAGCGGUUUAUUUGACUUAAUACAUUUGCAAUGCAAAGAUCGUGGCGCUUCUGAAAUCAGUCUCUUCCCCUUGUUGUUUUACUUGUGUUUUUCAAACAGAGCUUGAAAUGCUGUUUGACUUUCUUUUCUGGGCAAUCUGAUUUGCUGUCAGAAUUACCAUCUCAUUUUAUUAUAGAAAAUUGAAAUGAAAACAUCUUUUCUCCCCUUUA